UUUGAUAACCACGAAAAACAAUUCUACAAACUCUCAAGUCUACGAACUUCUCAAGUACUAUAGUUUUCUUUGUUCUGUGAGUUCCUUGAGAUUUUCUUCUACUUUUGGUCUUGAGAGUUACAACAAUGGGUUUCCGCCUUCCGGCUGUAAUUCCUGCUAAGAAACUUCUUCGACGUUCUUUUUCAAAUACAACCAAAGGAGCUUCAACUAAUUUAGCAUACGUCCCAAAAGGUUAUUUUGCAGUUUAUGUUGGCGAGAGCGAAAAGCAGAGAUUUGUAAUUCCAGUAUCAUUCCUUAAUGAGCCUUCAUUUCAAGAGUUGCUAAGUGAGGCUGAAGAAGAAUUCGGGUUUGAUCAUCCAAUGGGUGGUCUAACAAUUCCUUGCAGACAAGAUGCCUUCCUUCAUCUCACUUCUCACUUGAAUGCAUCGUGAGAUUACGUAAUGGAAAUCUGCAUAUUACACGAACUAACUGGUUGAUAGAAAUUUUUAAUGUAGACAAUCUAAACAUUCUGUAACUUUUUUUUUUUAAUGGGAAGUUAAUCAAAUUAAUGUCUCCCUGAAUUAUGUAGAAAUCUAGCAACUUUUAAUUAGAUAUUCACACUGUUUUUGCUCA